CCAAAUCAUCUGAUGGGCAUCGGAUUGGAAAAUGGUGCUAUAGACACUUAGGUCCCAUUGAACUUAAUAGAAUAGAUCUGCAGAGGAAUUCACUGUCAGUCAAUUUAUAAGCUGCUCUUCAGAAAUAGGACCAUCACAGUGUAAACUACAUGUUUCCUCAGAAUAAAUCCUAUUGAGUUCAAUAGGACUUUCAAAUAAAUGGGUGACAUACAAACUAUUUAUUGCCUUUCUCAAUCGCUUCCCACGAGGCACUAUAAUGAUAUAUAAAAAAUAUAUAAAUUGCAUAUAGAAACAAUUUAAAAACCCCUAUAAAUAUUAAAAACAGUUUAAAACAACACCACAUACAUAAAAUCAGUUCAGAUCCAGAACAGCAAGUGGGAUACAGAUUUUAGAAGGCUUGGCGAAAGAGGAAUGUUUUUAGCAGGCACCAAAAAGCUAAGAGAGAAGGUGCCUGUCUGAUAUGCAAAGUGUUCCAAAGGCUAAACACUGAUGUCUUCAUUCACACAUCUCAUUUCAGUGGCCAGAAUUACUCUUCAUUCGUUUUGUGUGUCCUGAUGCCACUGUCUAUGCGUGGAGAGAUUUCCCAGGUGUGGUGGGGCUAUAAACAAAAUUUAAGAGAGAAAGGCAAGGCUUCUCAUUUUGCAGUUAGGAUGGUCUGUGCUCUGGCCCCAAGAUGCUGCUAGGCCUUGGGGCCAAAGCCCAGGAUCUCCACCCACGGCCAGCCAUAGGGCAGGAGCAGCAGCCAACAGUUUCCAGGUCUGGUGCUGAUUUCUGCAGCAUGUGAAAGUGCAGGUGCUCAAGAGUAUUCCUCUCUUUUUAAAAAUCAGGCCCCACAACUAUUUGCUCCCUCUGUAUCAGAAAUAUAGCAGCAGCUGCAAUACAUGGAGAAAUGUCAAUGGUGCGCGCUGCACAACUGGAAUCAUAUCUAUGCCAUCAAAAGCCGCCCGCGUCGAGGGUCAAAUAUUUCCGAACUGCACCAGCUUUCUAGCCUGCCCCUUAAAACCACCAAGUAUUUCCCCCCACCCCCUUGCAAAUAAACCACGGUCGGCCUUGUCACACCUGAAACUGAUCAAACAGGGAGCAGGAAACUGGCUGAGACCAAAAAGCUCCGCCCUGGAAUAUGCGGGGCUAUAAUAAAGAGCACCUCUGAGCAGCUGCAGAGUGCCCGCGCCCAACCCAAGCCCGCCGCGUGUCGACCUACCCAGACUUGGGACUACCCUGACUCGCCCGUGGUGUCUGGGUGGGCGCCUUUGGGCCUCAGAGCGCCGCUCCCUCUGCCAUGCUCUCUGGUGCUUCCAGUUUCCUGAGUCUGGAUGGCUUGGGGACGCCCCGCCGGCGAUGGAGCUGGGCCCCCGGAGGCCUCUGGCAGCGGGGGGAGGCCGCCCUGGUCCCGCAGCCCCGCGGAGGGGCGGAUUUCUCCCGGCGGGAAGGCAAGCUCCACUUCUACGCCCUCUGGUCUCUGCGCGAGCCGCCCCGGCAGCUCAGUAGCAAAUGCCGUCAGAAAUGUUACCAGACUCACUUACCACUUCCGCUGCCCAAACACCUAGUGGUCUUUGGUUUGGGUGACUGGAGCCGCUAUUCUCAGAAGACAAGCAUCAUUGUGGAAAUAUUAGUGAAUCCAAAUGUUAAGCCACAAAGGAUUGGCAAGCUGGGGCCUGAAACAAGGUGUUUGGUAUGGGAAGGUGACUGGCGAGUGGAUGUUUUGGUGGCUUCGUUAAAGCAGGAAGAGAAUGGUAACCCUGUUAAGCUUCUCUUGACUGUCGAGGAACAGCUCCUCAACAGCACCCCUACCCGCCCAUUUCAGGCCACAGAGCCUAAUCAGUCACCUGUCCUUCCAGAAGAUACAGGUCAGCGAUUGGAUGAUCCCCCUGAGUCUAAGAAUGGGAGUUCAGCGAUGCCUGUUAAAGAGCCUGUGCUUGAAAGGAAGGAGUUCUCUCCACCCAUGGAAACGCUGCUUAUGCUUCCUGCUCCAGAAACAACUGCUGCAUCGGUGGACUGUGAGGAGGCCAGGAAUAAAACAUGUACAUCUAAUUCAGCUCGCCUAAAGACCAGGAGGGUUCUCUUUGAACUUCUGGCAUCCAACAGACAGCAGGAAUCUGAAGACUUGGAAGUUAAAGAGCUGCAAGUAUGUCCAAGCCCUCGGUGGUGUCAUGCUAUGUGCCUGAGCGACCCUGAAACUGCUGUUCUGAUUGGUGGCGAAGGAACUAAUCAACAGUUUUGCCAAGAUGCCCUGUGGAAACUGGAAAUUGACAAUGACUUCUGGUUCCCCAUGGAUCUCCCAGCACCAGGUUCCAUGCCACAGUGUUCAAGGGGCCACAGUGCCACAUAUGACCCAGAGACCAAGCGCAUUUACAUCUUCGGGGGUAUGAGGGAGGCAAAGCGCUACAGCAACAUCCAUGUUCUGGACACGGCAUCUUGGAAAUGGCUGCAUGUGUCUGCUAAGGGUAAAGUGCCAACGCUGGCUUACCAUAGUGCAACCAUCUACCGAAAGGAGCUAUUUGUCUUCGGAGGAGCUUUCCCUAAAAUGUCGUCUCUGGAGAUGGGAGCUUGCAGCAACACACUCUUCGUUUUCAACCCCGAGUAUGAGAUCUGGUAUCAACCCAUUGUUGAGGGGGAGAAGCCUUUGCCUAGGCUUGGGUAAGUCUUCUUUGCUUCAGUGAAGAGAAUAUCUU